AUGUACAUAGCCACAGACCAUAGUCCCCUUCAAGAUUUCUGUGUCGCGGACUUGAACGGUCAAGUUUUGGUGAAUGGUGUUGCUUGCAAAAACCCUGGUUCGGUUAAAGCGAGCGACUUCCACUUCAGGGGGCUACACAUGAUGGCAAACACCACGAACCCACUCGGGUCCGGGGUGACACCAGUAACCGUGACACAGUUACCAGGACUCAACACUUUCGGAAUCUCAAUGGCCCGUAUUGACUAUGCACCAUGGGGGAUCAACCCGCCUCACACGCAUCCCCGUGCUACUGAAAUCUUGGUCGUCUUGGAAGGCAGUCUCGAGGUCGGGUUUGUCACAUCAAACAUCGAAAACCGUCACAUUUCGAAGGUAUUACAUAAAGGUGAUGUUUUUGUUUUUCCCGUAAACCUCAUACAUUAUCAAAAAAACGCUGGAAAAACAAACGCAGUCGCGAUUGUGGCGUUGAGUAGCCAAAACCCGGGGGUGAUCCCAGUUGCAAAUGCGGUUUUUGGUUCGAACCCGGAUAUAUCGAAUGAUGUUCUUGCCAAGGCCUUCCAAACUAGUGAUGAUGUUAUCAGUAACAUCCGGUUCAAGUUUUAGAUGCAUCGAAUGAGAUUGGACGCAAAUAUGUU